AUAAAACAUCUUAUCAUUAUGACGUCACUAUCCCCAUUUUAAUGCCGUUGCAUUGUGGCAACGUCAUGUCAUAGAUACGGCGCCAUUUGAUUGCGACCAGACGUGAAAAAAUUAAGAAACCUAUAUCUGAAAUUUCAACAUGAAAUUGAAAGUAAUACUUACUCAUUGCACUGCCUACAAAGCAAGAAGGUUUAACCCUUACAAGAGACAAAGACCCAGACUUCUACCAAGGAAGAAAGCUAUCGUUGACCAUGAUCUUCCACAGUCGGAUAUCGGGCUGGAAAAAUGCUGCUCUUCUGGGAAAGAUAUAAUGUUCUUCAACAGCAACAGAAAAGGGACACAGACACUGUAUCCUUUGGAGAAAGGCUUUAGCAAGACAGACCAGUCUUCCCUUGGUGAUGAUUUCGCUGCCAAACUGUCGGAUACCUUAGUGGGAGGAAACACUGAGGAUGACUGUGUUAUCAUUGGAUACUACCCGGCUGGGAGCGACACGCCAUCUGAUCUACAGGACAAAGAUAUCGAGGAUAGCCAACAUAAGGACAAAGAUGUGGAUCCUAAGCUCUUAUUGGUAUCUGAAAAGCAGGGGUCCUCAUCAGUCAGUGAUGGCCAUGCAACAGCUGACAUUGCGGGCAAGGAGGGACCGUCACGGGGACCGCGGUGUGAUACUUUAGACUUUUUGUUCACAUAUUCAGAAGCUGACGAGGCCAACAAGAAAUGCCGGGCAUGGUCAGAACUGGAGACCUCAGAGGGCAAAAAUUCACUUCCUCCCAGAGAAACCUAUAUACCCACUGAUCAGGCGUGGUGGUAUGCACAGAAUGUCAUCGCCACAGGCCGAAACAUAAUUUACAGACCUCUGGUCGAUGAAUGGAAAGAACGGAUGGAUGAAUGGUCCCAGUUGACACGGUUAGUCAAUGAAUCAGAAACACGGAGACUGGUCCCAACAGAGGAGUACCCCACUCAUGUGUGUGAGUGGUUGGCCCGGGUUGACUUCAGACACGAGUGUGUGAGACAAAAGAUAGACUACACACGACCCCGACCCAAAAGUCCGCGAGAAAAACCAGGCUUCUGUGCCAGACAUCGGCCCUAUGUGAGAAAAACUCGUAACCACCGAGAAGCUUUAGCUAAUGUAGGUCGCGUGGACCUCAACAGAGUGCAGUUUAUUGACAAUUUCUAAACAGAAUUUAGAUCAGAACACUUCCAAAGAUAUGAGAAGAUGGCAAACUCCUACAAAAUGGGACAAGUGCAAUUUCAAAAGUGACAUUUGCAAUUAUAUUAUAUUGUACCAGUAUUAU